GGUCGUGUCUCAUGAGCAGCUCACGCUCUGGUGGGGAUGUGAACACCCGCAUCUCUGCCUCCACCCUCACCUACGUCUCGUCCCCCGUCUGCGGGACUGGCUGUAACCAAGAAGAAUCUGGGAUAAGGCUCGGGUCGUCACAGUCGAGCACUCUGCGCAAGUACGGGAGAGCCUGCACGAUUUCAUAGCUCAAGUUCUUGCCUGAGAUUCUGACCGAGGUCGCCCAUGUCUGCCUCGAAGCCGACGCAGUUGACGCCGUUUGGAUAUGCUCUGGCAGGAGCACUGGGCGGGUGCUUCAGUAACGCGUCAGUAGUCAAAACUCGCAUCCAGGCGGCGACAGAGGGGAAUGAGAAGGAGAAGCUAAGCAUCAAGUCCCUCCUCUUGCGCAUCCUCAAAGAAGAAGGCAUCGCCGGCUACUACAGAGGCUUCAUAGCUACCAUGCUCAAUACCUUCUCUAUGCAAUACGCCUACUUCUUCUUCUACUCCUUCGUGCGCACAUCCGGGCUCAAAGGCCCACCGCUCUCGACAGCGGCCGAGCUAAUCCUCGGCGCCAUCGCGGGAGCCCUCGCGCAGAUUUUUACCAUCCCGGUGGCCGUGAUCGCCACCCGCCAGCAAGUCGGACGUUCGCUCGACCGCCAACGGCGCUCCCGCGCCGCCUCCCUGGCCGCGCCCGACGGACCCUCGUACGCCGCCGUCACCGAUCCGGCGAAAGAUGUCAGCGCGGACGUCGAGAAGGCCGCGGAGAAGGCGGAACAGGCGGACUACGACGACUCGUUCUUUGGCGUGGCGAAGGAGAUCGUCGACGAGGAGGGCGUGACGGGCUUGUGGCUCGGGAUCAAGCCGGGCCUUGUGCUCACGGUGAACCCGGCCAUCACGUAUGGCGUGUAUGAGCGCGUCAAGAGUGUGCUCCUCCUCGCGCAGGAACGUGCAAAGGGCGGGCUAAAGCUGAGCCCGUGGACGUCCUUCGUUGUGGGCGCACUGAGCAAGACCCUUGCUACUGUCGUCACCUACCCGUACAUCAUGGCUAAGGUCCGUAUUCAAGCGCGGAGCGCGGAUAGCGAAGAAGCUGUGGAAGAGCACCAACCUACGCCGCCGAAGCAUGCGUACCAUCAUGCGCAUAGCAAGCACGUCGGGGCGCUGGAUAUUCUUGCAAGAGUGUAUCGCCACCAAGGUAUCUUGGGCUGGUAUCAGGGCAUGGGCGCACAGAUUACGAAGGCGGUCUUGUCGCAGGCUUUGCUUUUCAUGUCGAAAGAUCAGUUCGAGCACUGGGCACUCGCCAUCAUGGUCAUUUGGUGGAAGAUACGACAUGCCAAAGCAUGAAUGUCCGUUGUUUUUUGCUUCAUGCCUCCAUUACAACAUACAGUCUUCCUGUCAUAUUCCAGCAUAGAUAGUGCACUAGCCUCACCCUAUGUGCUUCAGGUAUCACACGCCUCGAGAAUUGGACUACAUUCUGACGUCUCGUCAGCCAUCCAUU